UGAUUGUCCGCGCGGGAUCCUGCUGGCCCAAGCGCAGAGCCAGUUCUCGCUGAGCCUCGUCGCGGUCAGGCGGCCACUCUUACUCUCGCACGGCCUCUCGGUCUUUUCCUGGUCGCACUCUCGGUCUCAAUCCUUCCGUUGGUUUCUGCACGAGAUAAACGAGCAAUAGACUAAUUAAAAAAGAACAGAGAACGCUUCAGAAAAUAUAUUUCUGAAAAAACCUCAUUAAAAACCGUCGAAAGGACAUUACAAUAUCUCGUAGAAGGACAUGUUCGAAUACACUCAGAUAAGUGUGAAGAUAUGAGUAAUAUAAACAAGGAAAUGACUUAAGCAAAGAAGAAUCGCGCAAAGGUGCUCGCCAGUUAACCUCACGUCGAUCUCGUUCUCCAAGAAGAUUUUGUUCGGAGAAAUUAGCAAGCGGCAUCGUAAUCAACAUUUUCGUCAUUAAAAUUGUGCAGAGAUGGAGAGUGCGAGCACGCCGAGCACGCUGAUGGAGAUGAAAACACGAAGACAGCCAUUCCGCUCGCAACUAUCGACCUUGGACACGAGACGGAGGCAGGCUGUUUGCGUAAGAAGGGCCUUCAAGAAAUAUGGGUCCAAAAAAAAUCCCAACGUUAUCCUGGACGGCCUCAAUAUGACCGUGCCGAAAGGCACAAUUUACGGGCUGCUUGGUGCAAGCGGUUGCGGAAAAACCACUCUGCUGUCGUGCAUCGUUGGUCGGAGACGCUUGGAUUCCGGCGAAAUAUGGGUGCUGGGCGGUCGACCGGGUUCCAAGGGGUCCGGUGUGCCCGGUCCCCGGGUCGGCUACAUGCCGCAGGAGAUCGCGCUCUACAGCGAGUUCUCCAUUCGGGAAACGUUCAUCUACUUCGGCUGGUGUGCCGGUAUGACGACAGAACAGGUGGAUGAAAAGCUGACUUUUCUGAUUAAGUUUUUAGAACUACCGCCUGAAAAUCGUUUCGUUAAGAAUCUAUCAGGUGGACAGCAAAGGAGAGUAUCCUUCGCGGCUGCCAUUUUAGCCGAGCCCGAACUCUUGAUUCUGGACGAGCCGACAGUUGGAGUGGAUCCUAUUCUCCGUCAGAAUAUCUGGGAUCACCUGGUGCAAAUCACCAAGGAUGGCACCAGGACCAUCAUUAUCACUACGCACUACAUCGAGGAGACUAGACAAGCCGGCAUCAUCGGCCUGAUGAGAAACGGCAAGUUUCUGGCAGAGGAGUCCCCGGCGAAGCUGAUGGAGAUGCAUCGAUUGGACACUUUGGAAGAUGUCUUCUUGAAACUGAGCAAGAGGCAGAAUGUGGGAUUAAGAAGGAGAAGUAGCAUUCUGAGCAGUAUAACGGGUGUUCCGCCGGAAGACGACGUGGACGAGAUGAGCGGCGAGUUCGGCGAUAACGUGAGCAUAUCUAGUCGACGGAAAAGUGUAGUCAUUGUGGAGGACGGCAAUGUAACGGUGCCGGCAUUGCCGCCGGAAGAAGAAGGUGAUUCUUCCAAACACACUAUGCUUAAUCCGAUGCACAUGAAGGCUCUUAUCUGGAAGAACUUUCUAUGGAUGUGGCGGAACGUCGGAAUAAUGUUUUUCAUCAUUGCUCUGCCGGUCGCCCAAAUAGUCCUCUUCUGUAUCUCCAUUGGUAAGGAUCCUAUAGGGUUGAAAUUAGCCAUUGUCAACAACGAGCUCAACAAUAGCACGCAACCGUGCACUUUCGGAACCGGAUGCGAUUGGUCGCUCCUAAGCUGUCGAUAUCUUCAGCACCUGCAGAAGAAAACCAUACAGUUUUUACCGUACGACAGUGACGAAGAAGCCACAAAUGCUGUGACGAGGGGAUGGGCAUGGGGCGCUAUAACGUUUCCGUCCAAUUAUUCCGAAGCUCUCAUGGCGAGGAUAGAUUAUGGCAGAGAUGCCGCGGAAUGGGACAUUAAUUUCGCGGAGAUGAAAAUCGUUAUGGAUAUGUCCAAUCAACAGAUAGGACAGCUGCUACAAAGGGAUCUGCUUUACGCAUUUCAAGAUUUCGCGAAGGAGGUCACUGUAGCCUGCAACUAUAGUGAAAAGUUAACAAGCAUACCCAUAAACUUCAAGCAGCCGAUCUACGGGCCUAUGAAUCCUAACUUCACGGAUUUUGCAGCUCCGGGAAUUAUCCUAACAAUCAUUUUCUUUCUCUCAGUCGCAUUGACGUCGGGCGCUAUGCUGCUGGAGAGAAACGAAGGUCUGCUAGAAAGAAGCCUCGUGUCGGGUCUCACUGGCACGGAGAUUCUUUUCGGUCAAGUGAUCACGCAGUUUAUGGUGAUGUUCGGGCAAACUGUAAUGGUCCUUAUAGUCUCAUUCGCGAUCUUCAAAGUCACUUGCGAAGGCGACAUCGGUUUGAUCACUCUUUUGGACAUUCUCACGGGCCUCUGCGGCAUGUGUUUCGGUUUCGUAAUCGCCUGUUUCUGCGACAAUGAAAGGACCGCCACGUACGUGGCGAUGGGCUCUUUUCUUCCAAUUGUGAUGUUGUGCGGCAUUAUCUGGCCCAUAGAGGGCAUGCAUCCACUAUUGAAGUAUAUUAGUUUCCUGCUACCCCUGACGAAGAGCACGGAGUCAAUGAGACUAAUAAUGGCCAGAGGCUGGUCGAUAUCGGAACCGGCGGUUUAUUACGGUUUUAUUGCCACUUUCAUUUGGAUCAGUAUCUUUAUGAGCCUUGCGAUAUUGUUAAUUAAAUUUAGGAAGAGUUAAUUUAAAGGAAGAAGAAAAUAACUUUAUAAAUAUAAAAAAAAUUCUCACCAAAUCUCUCUUUGUAAACUGUACAAUGUAAUAAAAUAAA